AUGGCCCGCACCAAGAUGACCGCCAAGAAGUCAAACGGUGGCUCAGCGCCACGCGUCCUCCUCAAGGCCUCAAGAACACGUGUUUCUGGAGGACAAGGCCAGCGCAAGAAGGCUUCGUCUACUACCAAGGGUACCUUACCUGUGGGAGGUGGCGACUUAGAGAAGAGUUUUGUUCACAAUGAGUUUUGCAUCAUCUGCAGGGACGGUGCAGAGCGCUCUGAAGAGAAUACUCUCUUCAUGUGCGCUCUGUGUCCCAGAGUAGUCUGCAAAAUGUGCCUGCAGCUGCCGCCUGACAUCCUCACUAAAGUCCUGCAAGAGGACAUCUCAUUCAGGUGUAUUUGUUGCCAUAUCAAGAUGGAACAACGUGGCACCUACUUUGGUUUCUAUAACGCCAAUGGCCUUCCAUUGUUGGACAGGUUCUUGGCCAUCAAAGGCGCACUUGAGGUGUCCGAGCAAGCCGAAAUAUCGGCUGCUCCUGUCCUCUUCAUCCACCUUAUCCUCAUCGGCUUCCAUCCAGCUGCUAGCCCUUUUGCGCUCGCUCACACAUUCCUCAAGCCUUACUUCUCUGGCGCCAGCAUUCGAUACCUCGAGAUCUACUAUGACAUCGCUACGGAUGCCAAGCUUGCCCCCUACCGAAAUCAAGUGCGCCAGAUGAUCAAAGGUUUGGGGAAAUCAUUUGUCUGGGAGCGCGUCAUCAUUGGCAUGUCCACUCACACUGACAACCAAUACGGAGACCCUUUUACCGGGUAUGGGGAUGAUGAUCCAACGGCCUAUGUCAGCACUCCGGUCAAUGAUUUCUUGGAAAUUCUUCUCCACCCCUGGCAAGGUAUAAUCGACCAAGCUGAGGAAUCAUACCUGUGGAUGCUGUGUUGCGGCUCAGUUGUCACCAUCUCCGAGUCAUUCCUUGGCUUGCAAGACGCCGUUCUUCAACACAACUUGACCGCUACCAUGGCAUUCAAUGCCCCUCGCUUUCAACCAUCUUUCGCCUCUCAUUUGCUCCUUGCAUUCACAGAGAAGGUUCUUGUUGGACGGUGCCCAAUUCGGUUGGCAUUCAAGGAUAUGCUUGCGCAGUCCUGUGACCUUGGCCGCCACUCUGACGUAUUUCUGCUGACACCUGUCAUGGAGGGAGCCCUCAAGAUCUCUAGGUUUGCAUGGGCUCAUUUGGAGUUCCGUCCAUGGGGCAACCACCUGCCUAUCCAAUGCAGUGGAUGUGGUUGGGCUAAUUCAUGGUGGUCUGCCUUUGUCAAUGGGAGCAAGGACAAGAGUUACAUUUUUGAGUGCAAAAAUGACUCUUGCAAUGCUGUUUUGGAUGAGCACGAGAUUUCCUAUGUUUCAGCUAAAGGAAACCCUGCUGAGAGGGCACAAAUCCUCAAAAACAUCAAAGAUACUAUACUUGAAAGCAACGAGGCUAAGGAUCCUUCGACUAUGCUUCCAGGCAAUAACGUUCGGAAGGCUAUCUGUACAUAUUACUUGCGUUUUCUGGAGGACGACGAGGACCACGAUCUUGAGCAAAAAAUCAUCGAGGGAGCUCAUAAACUCACAUCUGGUGCAGGCAUCAUCACUGUAGAUAUGGUCAAAGACCGUCAGGAUGAUAAGCCUCUGGAUGCUGCAGCAUUCAAGACUGAAUUCUCGACUUUUGAUGUCGCUCAGAAAUUGUUCAAAGAAGGAAUUGGGGAGUAUGACAAGAAGCACUGUGACACCUCUGACCUAAGGUCCAUGGGGACAAGGACAAAGCUGGUCCGGUCCUGGUACAAUGCCCUGUCACCAGAUGUACAUGAGGAGCUCAGACUUGUGGCAGAAAAGUGGAACCAGGAAGGUGCUCAUUCCGACGCCAAGGACAGAUAUAGCAGCCGACACCAGAAGAAAAUCAUGGAGGACUUCAUAAAGAUGGCAGGAAGAACUAUGGGUUUACAUGUCGUCAUGCUCGUAGCUCAUGAUCGAGGGGAGGGCAAAAUGCCUGGAACAACCAUCUGGGAAUCCUGUCCCAGGACAGCAAAGAAAACUUUUACUCUGGCUUCCAAAGAAAACAAGAAAUGGGCUGGAGAGUCGCAAGACCGACUUGCUGACUGGCUGAAUGAAGCCGAGUACAACAUAGACCCUGAGGACCAAUCUGACGAGGAAGAUGAGAAGUUGCCCGAUUUAACAGUGGAUGUAGACGAUGAGGGCUAUCCUUGCCUACCAACAGGCUUUGAAUCUCUCAUGCUCAAAAACCAGCAGAAGGUCGUACGAAAGGUAUUUCAAAAGGCUUAUGCGGUCAUCUCAAACAACCCUUGGGCUGCAGUCCCCUGGGGUCAUAUUACCCAAGAUCCAGACCAUUACCUUGACAUGGACUGUAUCCCUUGGAAUGUCGUCAUCAAGGAUCCUUCUCACCUGCAGAAGGAAGCUAUCAGUAUGAUUUUUUCACUUUGGAAAUAUUGUGCUAACCAUAAUGAACCAAUUGUACGGUUUGUUGGGUAUAAGGAAGGCGACUUCUAUGAUUCACUGGCUAAGAAGGGGGAUGUAAGUAAAAAAUCAAGGAAGAACCAAAAAUAUGUCGAAGUAUCAUCGGAUGAGGACGAGGUACUGAAGAAGACCCCCCAAGCCAAUCUUUCUUCUGACGAAGAGGAAGACUUGGAAUGCCACACCCCAUCUCUUUCCAAUUCCUGCCCGAAAUUCCAUAUGGGUGGUGACACAGUCAGUUAUCUUCAAUCCCUCUCUAACCUCCCAUCAUACCGUCAUCUGUUGGCCACAGUUCAAAAACUUUCCAACACACAAACUCCAGAUCCUAAGGGCAAGGCUAGAAAGCAACAUCUGCCUGUCUGGGCAUCUUGGAUGUGGUCUGAGGCAUAUCUACCUCAAAAUAUGCACAAUGAUAUUCAGGCAUCCGUUGUGGCUUUGGAGGAACUAGGCAACUAUAUCAUCAAAUCCCGUGGUUGGGGUAUGAUUGUUGUCCUGGGCCUUGGACUCCUCCUUCGUGAGUGUCGCUGCACUCAGGAGUAUGAAGCAGAUGAGGCUGGAGAUGAUGUACCUCAAUAUUUGGGCGGCUCCAUCCUUGGCAUCGAGGGUAGCGGACAAGAUGGUAAUGAGAAGCAGAUGACAGUGGGGGAAGAAGUUCAUAUGAGGCAUCUGGAGAACAAAAGGCAGGUGAAAGAGAGGAGGGAGGUGGAGCAGGCAAGGGUGGCAGAGGAAAAGAGGGUGGCUGAGGAGGCUUGGGUUGCUCAGGAGAAGAAGGCUGCUGAGGAGAAGAGGGUUGCUGAGGAGAAGAGGGUUGCUGAGGAGAAGAGGGUUGCUGAGGCAUCUCGGAUCACUGAGGAGAGGGCUGCCACAUCAAAGAAGGCAAGCAGUACUAACACUGGGGGAAAAGGGAAGGGUAAACGCCCAGCAACAGAUGUGGAUGAUUCAGUCAUGAAAAAGGUGAAGACAUCUGCUCCUCCUAAUCCUCCUCGUCGCUCUGCCAGAGACAAAGUAGCUUCAAAGAAGUAUAAGAACUGA